AUGAAUACUAUAUUAUCUACAGCCAAAUCGUUUGUUAAAAACAAGAGUAUGGAUUUUGGCAAUGUGUGUGGUGGAUGCAAACGGAUUAAGACGAAUGAUAAACUUUGGUGUCGCUACUGUGCAGUUGAGCAUUUUCAAAACAAAUAUUCGACAUGGACGAGUGGAAAUAAAGAUAUUGAUCUCUUAAUUAUAAAAUCACACCUAUUUUCUCAAAAAUCUGAUCAAAUAAUAGAAUGGAUACCUUACAAACAAUUAGAAGACAUACAAAAUAUGACGAAAGGGGGUUAUUCUGCAGUUUCUUCUGCAAUUUGGUUAGAUGGUCCUAUUGAAUAUUGGGAUUCUAAAAGAAGAGAGUGGUCAAGAAAGUCUAAAUAUCGUGUGGCUUUGAAAUUUAUAAAAAAGUCUUCCACCACAAAUGAUAGAGUUUUAAAUGAAUUAGGAUGUCAUAUUAAAUGUAAUGGGCAAAAAUAUAUUAUUCGGCUUUAUGGAAUUUCCAAUAAUCCAGAAACCGAUGAAUAUAUAAUGGUGAUAGAAUAUGCAGAUUCUGGGAGUUUAAGGAACUACUUAAUAAAUAAAGGCGCGACAUUAAGCUUGAAAGAUAAGUUAAAGAUUUUUGAACAAUUGGCUGCAGGGUUAAGUUCUAUUCACGAAGCGGGACUUAUUCAUAGAGACUUGCAUCCUGGGAACAUUUUAGUGAAUAAUAAUGUGUCAUAUUUAAGUGAUCUUGGAUUGUCCGUGCUCACUGAACGAUUAUCUUCUAAUAACAUUUUAUUAACAACUAUAUCAAAUUUGAUUAAAAAUGGUCUUUAUAAUUGCAAUGAUCCUUCUCACACUUGUGAUGAUUCUACUUACGUUGGCGUAGAAGAAGCCCACAAUUAUCCCGUGUACACUCAUUCAACUAAUAACUCCACGGAGCAAAAAAAGACUACACCUUCUUACUCAAUAGAGACAACGUACUUAUCAGGCAAGUCAUCAUGA